AUGACGAACCAGUCAAGAGUGAGUGAAUUUCUUCUUCACGGAUUCUCUGAUACUCAGGAACGUCAGGUUUUUCAAACCAUCAUUUUUCUAAUAAUCUAUUUGGUGGCCCUCAUAGAAAACCUUCUCAUCAUCACAGUCAUCAUUUACAGCCACCAGCUCCAUACACCCAUGUACUUCUUUCUGGCCAACCUGUCAUUCCAAGACCUUGGCUCCAUAUCUACCACAGCUCCAAAAUCUGUAGCAAAUUCCUUGAUGAAUACAGAAGCCAUUUCUUAUUCUGGAUGUGUCUGCCAAGUUUUCUUCCUUGUGUUCUUUAUGAUAUCCCACUUGUUUCUCCUUGGUGGCAUGGCAUACGACCGCUAUGUUGCCAUCUGCAAGCCACUGCACUACGAGACUGUCAUGAACAAGAAAACCUGCAUCCAAAUGGCAACCAGUGCAUGGCUCAGUGGCCUUUUCUAUUCAACAUUGUAUGCUGGAAAUACAUUCACAGUGCAGUUCUGUUCCAAUAUAGUCAACCAGUUCUUUUGUGAAAUCCCACAACUAAUGAAGAUUUCUUGUUCUGACCCAUAUUUUCCAGACAUAUGGGUGAUGACCUUUGGUUCUUGCUUAGCUUGCAUUAAUUUUGCUCUCAUCACUUUUUCUUAUGUUCAGAUCUUCAGAGCUGUUCUAAAAAUCCCAUCCACACAGGGCAAGCAAAAAGUCUUUUCAACUUGUUUGCCACAUCUUAUUGUCGUCUCCCUGUUUUUGGUGAGUGGUACCUUUGCCUACUUAAAGCCAAUCUCCAGCUCACCAUCAGUGUUAGAUCUCUUGCUUUCUAUAUUGUACUGCAUAGUGCCACCAGUAAUGAACCCACUGAUCUAUAGCAUGAGGAACAAAGAACUCAAAAUGGCCUUUUGGAAGAUGAUUGUCAACAUUUUACCUCAUAUUUUGCACAAAAAACAUUCUCCUGCGAAUGUGUCAUAG